AAACAAAGAGAACCAAUCGGUCUGGGAGAAAGAAGCAAAGAAGAAAAAUGGCAGCAACAUUUGCAGCUCCAUCGACAGUGAUAGGUCUCGGAGGAUCAUCUGUUUCUCCCAUCAAGGCCAAAGCUCUCUCUUCAUCCUUUUUGAAACCAACAUUAAGAGCAAAGAACCCUCUGAAAGUCGCCGGAGCAUCAGGAGGAAGAUUCACUUGCUUUGAGAGGAACUGGCUGAGGAGAGAUCUGAACGUGGUGGGGUUCGGGCUUGUCGGAUGGCUAGCUCCGUCUAGCAUUCCGGCGAUAAACGGGAAGAGCCUGACGGGUCUCUUCUUUGAGAGCAUAGGAACUGAGCUCGCUCACUUCCCAACUCCUCCAGCUCUCACGUCACAGUUCUGGUUGUGGCUGAUCACCUGGCACUUAGGCCUCUUCAUCUGCCUCACCUUCGGACAAAUAGGAUUUAAGGGCAGGACCGAAGAUUACUUCAAGAAAUAAACCAUUCCCUCUUGUUCCAUCUGUACUUAUUAUCUUACUCUCUCUUGGUUCUCUGUGUAAUAGUAUGACUCUAUAUGAAGCUUUCUUUCGAUUCCUAUAUUUGAUGUUUUGAGUAUUCAAAACCGGUUCGAUGACCGGGUUCAACCAUGAUGUUAUUCUUAAUAAAAUUAUUAAACUCA